UUCUACAUCCUUGUCAAAAAAGCAAAAAUCAAAAAUAUUUCGUUUAAAAUCAUUUUAGCAAUAGUUCUUUUGACCUAGCUCAUUUACCUUACUUUAUUUAAUUCCAAAAUAAUAACAAUGGUUAAAAGUGUCCUAUUCGUAUGUCUGGGCAACAUUUGCCGUUCACCCAUUGCCGACGCCGUUUUCCAGCAUAUAAUCAAAACUAGAGACGUAGAGGCUCAAUGGAAAGUUGAUAGUGCAGCUCUUAUCGGAUACCACACUGGUAAAAGCCCAGAUACCAGAGCCAGAGAAACAUUAAAGAAACAUAACGUAUUGUACAACGGUAAAGCAAGGGAAAUCACCAAAAAUGACUUUCUAACUUUCGAUUAUAUUUUCGGAAUGGACGAAUCGAACAUCAGAGAAUUAACUAACAGCAAACCGUCAAGUAGCUCUGCACAAAUUUUCUUAUUGGGAGAUUUCGACCCUGAAGGUGAUAGAAUCAUUAGAGACCCUUAUUAUGAUAGUGGAUCGGAGGGGUUUGAGAAAUGCUAUCAGCAGUGUGUCAGGUCUUGUAAUGGAUUUUUAGAUAAACUAGAUAAAGAUGGAAAUUUAAAAGCAUAAUUUUUUCUACAUACUUUCACCAUACAAAUGUGAUGAUAUAUUUUCUGUAUUUGUAUAAAAAUUUGGGUUUAAUAGAUAUAUGAGUAAUUUUGAAAUGUAAUCUAUUUUUCUAUUGCUUGAUAGAUUUAGAAUAUAAGUAUCGUUUUAUUAAUACUAAUAAUUUAUCAAAGUUUUUUAUUAUGUGCCAGAUUAUAGCUUUUUUGAUUUAGAACAUUCAUUAAAGAAUUUAAUUGUAAUGCAUUGUGGUGUGGUUGGAUAGCAUUUUGUCAAGAACGACGAUAUUGGACUCAAUGGUCCAACCUGUAUGUCUAAAAUUAAGAAAUAUAUGGCUAAGCACAAUAA